AGCAGUAACAUGUGACAUGUAUGUGGCAGUAUAAACAUGACAUGCAGGAGGCAGCAGUUACAUGUGACAUGUCUGUAGCGCUCUGACAUGGAUUUGACAGGGCGGACAUGUGGCAGGUGUGUGACGUCAGCAGCGCCUCGUCACCAUGGAGACCGGGCGCCGCACACCCGCUGCAGGCCGCCUCUCGCUCCGCACAGCGCUGAGCCCGGACACCAUGACCCGGUGCUGCCCGGUACCGGCCCCUCCUUAGCCUCCCCGCCUCCUCCCGCUCCCCUGCCCGGGGUCACCUCCUCCCGCAGGUUCCGUGUCACCCCGUUCCCCCGCAGGUGCCCCGCUCUCCCCGGUGAUCCGCUCGGUGCAGGCUCCGCCCCCGCCGCCCCCGCACUCAGGAUCUCCGGCUGCUGCCAUGUGAAGAGCUCCCGGUGGAUGGAGGAUGCGGGGCGCAGCGGCUGCCUGAUCCCCGGAGUCCCCAGGAUGGAGCUCAGCCUGUUCGGAUACAUCGAGGACCUGCAGGAGCUGGCCAUCAUCGAGCGGCCGGUGCGCCGGAGCCUGAAGACUCCUGAAGAGAUUGAGAGGCUGACGGUCGAUGAGGAGCUGAAUGACAUUGAGAGGGCGGUUUACCUGCUCAGCUCUGGCCAAGACAUCCAAGGAACAAGCGUUGUGGCCAAUUUGCCUGUGCUUAUCCGGCAGAAUCCUUCUGAAACACUAAGGAGGGUGGUGCCAAAAAUCAGAGAGGUUCUCCAUGUUGCAGGAGUAGAGAUGCAGCUGACGGCAGCGUAUUCUUUUUUGACAAUCCUACAAGAGGAGUCUGUGCCAGUCCAUUCUUAUUGCCUGUCCUUCCUGCAAAUCAUCCUGCAGAAUCUGGAGCACAGAGAUAUAGGUGUAAGCAACACCUGGCUCGACACCCUGCUCGCGGUUAUAGACGUCCUGCCGAAGGAGACCAUUAGACACGAGAUCCUCAAUCCUCUCGUAUCCAAAGCACAGCUCUCUCAGACGCUACAGUCACGACUCACCAGCUGCAAGAUCCUGGGAAAAGUUGCCAACAAGUUUGAAGCUCAUAUAGUUAAGCGUGACAUACUCCCCCUAGUGGAAUCCUUGUGUCAGGACGUAGAGUAUGAAGUACGCUCUUGUAUGUGUCGCCAACUGGAGUUCAUUGCGCAAGGAAUAGGGACAGAAUUAACAAAAGCCGCCAUUCUCCCGGAGCUGAUUGAACUGGCCAGAGAUGAGGGGAGCAGCGUGCGACUCGCAGCCUUCGAGACCUUGGUGAAUUUGCUAUCUAUGUUCGAUCACGAUGACAGAAAUCAGAUUGUCCUCCCGAUGGUCAAGUCCUUUUGCGAGAAGUCUUUUAAAGCCGAUGAGUCCGUCCUCACCUCUCUGUCCCUGCACCUCGGAAAACUCUGCCACGGGUUACAAGGCCUCUUCACCCAGGAGCAGCACAUGUGGUUCCUGGAGUUCUACAAGAAGCUCUGCAGAUUAGGACUGCACCAAGAGAACGGGCACAACGACAACCAGAUGGAGAACAUGGAGCUGGAGAAGAAGUACUCCACCGUGCGGAAAAACUGCGCCUACAACUUCCCAGCGAUGGUUGUGUUUGUGGGAGCAAAAAACUUCCACAUAGACCUUUAUGCCACGUUCUUCUGCCUGUGUCAUGACCCUGAUGUGCCCAUCAGAUACACCAUAGCUCUUGGCUUCUGUGAAGUCUGUAAGCUCUUGGGAUCUAACGUAUAUUUAAUACACAAGGAACUGAUCGCCUUACUACAAGAUGACUCGCUAGAGGUGGUGGAUGCUUUGUUAGAUCACCUCCCGGAAACGCUGGAGCUCAUGACGAGCGGCGGCGACAACUCAGGGCUGGACAACAAGCUUAUGAUUGUCCCCGACCUGGUCCCAGCUCUGACCUCAGCGGAGCAGAGGGUCGCCAACUCACUGAAAUGGAGAAGCCACGAAAAAAUCCUGCAGAAGUUCUCCUGCCUGCCGCACAUUAUUUCUAGCGACCAGAUUUAUUACCGCUUCCUGCACCGAAUGUUUGCCAUCAUCCUAACUAAUAAUGUUUUGCCGGUCCAGAAGGCGGCGAGUCGAACCCUGUGCAUAUUUUUGCGCUAUAACCGCAAGCAGGAACAGAGGCACGAAAUCAUUCAGAAGAUGGUGGAACAGCUGGGCCAAGGAAAGAGCUACUGGAACAGACAGCGGUUCCUGGACACGUGCGAAUACAUCAUGGAGUUCUUCUCGAAGUCUUUCUUCUGUAAAUACUUUUACCUCUCUGUCCUGGAACUGACGAGUGACCCGGUGGCCAAUGUCAGGAUGAAGGUUAGCUACAUGUUGCCAAAGCUGAAGUCGACGCUGAAGCUGCCGGUGGACAAACAUUUGCUGCAGCAGCUGGAACUGUGCGUCCGGAAACUGCUGUGUCAGGAGAAGGACAAGGACGUGCUGGCUGUGGUCAAGAGGACUGUGCUGGAACUGGAUCGGAUGGAGAUGUCCAUGGAUGCAUUCCAGAAACGUUUCUUUGAAAAGGAUUUAUUGGAUCAGGAGAAGGAGAGGGAGGAACAUUUACUUCUGGAAAUGGAACAAAUUGAAAAAGAGAAGCAGCAGAGCGAAGCUCGGUCCAGCAACGACAAGAGUUAUGAAAGAAAGCGCAGAGACAGUAAAACAGGAUCAGUGUUGCCAAAAAGUCUCCCCACAGUGAUUUCGGGUAGCUCGUCGGGCACUCAAACAGUAAGCAGAGAAAGCAAGAAGAGCAAACUGAUCCGCAGCCAGUCGUUCAGCAGCCAAGCCAUCCACCCCAAACACAGCUCCCUGGAGAAGGGCACCAACAAAAGUAAUUCUGUGAUCGGAGUCGGGAAGAAUGUUCUCCUGCCAUUUGUCGAGGAUUCCCUUAAAGUCAGGACCGGCAGUGCCAGCGCCUCCGUGAGCUUCUCCAGUGCCGUAACAACCUCAUCCCGAGGUCCAGGAGGCACGAGUGACCAGAAGACAAAUGGCAGCAAAGAGGCGCAGGCCAGAAAACUUAGUCUGAAAAACAGAAAACCGAAAUCUUAGCUCCUCCCUCCGGUAUGAAGUAAACCAAAGAGUCAUUGGCGCUCACCUUGGAGGAAGAACCGGUGCCGCCCUGGUCUGGACCCCACGCUAUAUUAUACUAUCUAUACUCUGGCCGAGCCAUAUCCAGGAGAGGAAAUCUGCUGCGCAACAUCAUUACUGCACGAUGGCCGCAUGUAUUAACCAACAACCAUCCGGGACCGCCGCUUAUCUCCCCCACACAAGCGUCCCCUGAUCUUAAAGGAGAAGAGCGCUGUUUAUUGACAAGACUUUCCUAUGGGCCAACUCCCCUGCUGCAGGCGCUGGAACCGCAAACCCAAGAACGCAAAGUCGGACCGUGACUUGGGCAACUUUUUCUACAGUUCUCUGUGUUCACCAGUUGUGUAAAUACUUGAGUUGAUAUUUUAGAGUAUUUUAAAUAGUUUUAUUCCUAGUGACAACCAGUUCUAUCCGUUACCACAGCUACUGUACCAAGCUCCUCCCCUUGCGCUAUACAUUUCUGCUUUUAUGAACUCCGCCUUCCCUGGGAGAUGCCAAUAACUUUACACGGUAUGGAGCUAUUGUCAGCUUCUUUUUUUGUGUGCGAUGAGAUGAGAAAAUGUAAAUUAUCAGAAAAGAAGUAUUUUUAUUCAUUGUAUGAAUAUUCUAAAAAAAAAAAAAAAAAAAAAUCAUCAAAAAAAGGGAAAGAAAAAAAGAUGAAAAAGUCAAUCGGGCCCCUGGAUGUUUUUACGUGUGCGCUUUUUACAAGGUCGAUAUGAUUUUAGUGAGGUCUGAGGCAGCGCUGUGCAUGCAUGAUUGCAAAUAAACAUGUUGCUAAAAGCC